AUGUCGCCCAGCGAGGGCGAUGUGAGCGAUUACCUAAAACGAUGCAACAACGGAAAUUCAGACGAAAAGUUGUUUGCAACUUUUCAAGAGCGGUGUCUGCAUCCCAUCGCUCUUGAACAGUCACAAAAUCUACACGAAACAAUUGCGCCCCUGACAACUGAACAUGCAGGGAAUAACAGCAGUGUCGCUGACCUGGCCUCUGGAGCUCCGCACUGGAGCGACUCAGCUUCCAGUCAGCCGGCUAGUAAUACUGACAGUCCAUGUGGUAGCGUGAAAAACGUAGACGAAUCUGCUACCGAGCAGUCACCCGUGUCCAGCGAGGAGCCAGGGACCAGCUAUGCGGAAACCGGCGAACCGCCGCCACAUAAAUUGCGUAAAGUUACCUGUAAGGAUGAUAUGUGUGAUGGCGAGACAGAAUCAAUCGAACCAUCGAUGUAUGUGGAGGCGCCACAACUAUUGCUCUCAGCAAUUGUUCGUAUGUCAGCAACAACCCGCCCAUGGGAAGGCCAAGAGCAGGAUACGGGGAAUAAUGGUGAUGAUAGUAUACUAUGGAGCUCUAGGUUGGCUAUGUUGGUCACCGUGAUAGCGAGUUUAGAAGGCAUCACGGAUGCGAAUCACUGUGAUGACUGUGCCAGCUUGACAAGUGCGCUAUCUGCAUCGUUUCCAUGGCAUAUGCGAUAUAUGCUGUCCUCGUUGAAGCGUUUUGAGGAUUUAGAGGCAAUGCAAGGGCAUCUAUUCCAGGCGAUCUCAGGGUACUAUCAUAAUGGAGAUGCUCUAUUGGGCACAUUUUGUGCUCAAAUGGCCAAAGGGAUUGGAUGCGCUGGUGAUACUUCCGAAGAGGCAAAUGUAGACAUAGAGCAUUUGGCACAAGUCUUGGUGGGAUGGUUGAUGGAUCGGCGUAUACAUUACUUUGUUGACCUGUUUCCCCGAAUCCACCUUUACCAGCUGCUGUUUAGCGCCAUCAUGAAGUUGGCCCCUCGCAGCGAAAAUCAAGCAGUGGACACUGAACAUAUACGACUUUUCCGCGAUGCCACGAGCUCAUUCAUUCUAGGGUCGGUGGAACACUUGUUGGAAGAUAUUUGCGGUGCUUCGAAGGUCUCGGUUGAUGUCUACACCACAAGGGGUGUGCAUUACGCUUUCCGCCUAAAUUCGCGGUUGCAUCACCUAUCUUGUAUGGUAGACGAUUACGUGAAGGCUAUCUCGUCAUACACGACGUUUGCUGACGAAACAGGCUCAUCACAGUUCUGGACUGUGGUUUCACCGUUCCUGGCAAAUGCUAAAAUAUGUCGUUGGAUCUCCGAGGUAGACUUUUUGGGUUGCAAAACAGAGAUGCAGCGCAAACAAUGCCGCCUGGCUGUAUGUAUCCUCUACCUAAUUGUGCUGAAUCACCAGCAGCCGUUAGUCAGAUCGGAGGAUAUCCGACUUCUGCGCAAGUUCCACCGCCUACCAUGGGUAUCGGCGAUACGAUUUUGCUGCGCUGACCCGGUCACAAACCACAUGGUUGCGCCACUCACCAGUGCACUUGUGCAGUCUAUGGGAGAGGGCAUGUUGCUAAAUCUGUCGAUGGGAAAUACACUCUUCAUGACACUCGACGAGGCAAUAUCCGACCUUCACCACGGUGGUGAAGACCGUAUAGGAUGCAGGGCCUUGAAAAUGGCAGCAAUAAAUCGUCUCGAUGGAAUCACUAUGUACACUGCAUUAAGUACCUUUUGGGGAAAGAUCAUGAGCAGCAUACUCAGCCGGACUCUACAACCGACGACACUACCGUCUUGGAUAUACAACGCGGUGACUCACUUGAGUCCCAUGUUGUUCGCUGUGGAACAGCAUAUAGACGUCACCACGUUGGAUGAGGUGGGUGCUUUUACGCCGUGGAUAAUCUCUAUUUGCAGGGUCAAUACGACCUCAAGAGGGACGGGCCACAGCAAACAAUUGCGUGGAAGUGGAUGCUAUCGCACAUAA